AAUAGAGGGGCCUCUGCAAAUCAAGACAAGAGAAAAGACGAAGGAUUUCAACGAACCGCGACAAAUCUCCUGAUUGAUUUCGGUCUCAAACUGAAGGUGGUCAACUCAAAAACCCGCCUCAACAUCGCAAUCGAAAAUAAAAAGUGUUAUUUCAUGCCUUUUCGGUGGAAUCUGGUUUGCUCGAUGCCGAAUUGUCGCACAUGGAGUCCGCCAUGCUACUGAUCGCUGACGUGACGUCACCACAGACACAGUGGCCGCGCCUUCUGCGAAAUUUCUAUUCUGCAUUUAACAAAAAAGUGCUGCCUGGCCUUUGAGAAGAAAAAUGUUUCAAAGGAAAAUGUUCAUCCGUCAAGCUCGAAAUUUCUCUCAAUCAGCAAAGAGUAUGAAAAAUUUGCCCAGAGGCUCUGAGGUGCUUUCGGCCUACAUCAAACAGUGCAACGAGCCUCCAUGGACGUCGUACUUCAUUCGCUACAAAGACAUCAAAGACGACCAGUGGGGAAUGUCCCAUUUCAACUGGAAGGUUGGUAACAGCAACUACCACAUUCUCCGCACAGGCUGUUACCCGUACAUAAAAUAUCACUGCACUAAACGGAGUCCGCAAGACUUGGCACUGGAGGACAAGUUCUUCAGAGCAAUCAAAUGCAUAAAUCUUGGUAUUCCAUGCCUAGCUUAUGGCAUAGCUGCGAUUUAUUUAAUUAGACAUGUUGAAAUUGUUUUCCUAAAUGGACACCAAGUGCCAAUAUUUUUCUUGUAUGAAGAAGACAAAGGUUCGGUGUAUUAAUAUUUUUUACAAUUGCACACUUUGUAUUACUAAGCGUUUAAAAUUAAAUUAUUGAGAGAAUGCUGCUGUUGAUUUUUUU